AGUCCUAAACUCAGCCGCAAGAAUCCAACUUCCGCCCUGAGCUCGCUUUGUCGGUCUGAUCGUGACGUGUAUUAGCGAAGAGUUCCUCAAAUUGGAUAUGUUGCUAAUAUGAAGUUAGCCUGUUUUGUUGCUGGUGAUAAUAAAUGAUCAGGAGAAAAAUCAAAACAUCGAUUGUUUUUGAUCGGGGUUUUGGAAGCCAUUAUGCCUCUCAUGGUCGGCGGAGGAGACGGACGGGCUAAUAGAAAUGUGAUGUGUGUCUUGUUUCCGCUCGCCGCCGUGUUUGUAUUGUCGGUCGGAGUUGCUGCUGUUCCAGAGGAACACAAAUCAGCUAUCCAAGAGCAACCUCCACAAGAGAAAGUCUCAAGUCCCCUCACAUUAAGCCCAGUUGUUUCUGAAGAUGGCUCCAGCAAAGGAAACCUGGGUUUCAUACAUGCCUUUGUGGCCUCUAUCUCUGUCAUCAUCGUCUCUGAGUUGGGAGACAAGACGUUUUUCAUCGCAGCCAUCAUGGCCAUGCGUUACAACCGUCUCACCGUGUUGGCAGGGGCCAUGCUCGCCCUGGGAUUUAUGACUUGUCUCUCUGUGCUGUUUGGCUAUGCCACCACCAUCAUCCCUAGAAUCUACACAUACUAUGUGUCUACAGCUUUGUUUGCCAUAUUUGGUGUACGCAUGUUGAGAGAGGGGCUGAAAAUGAGUCCAGAUGAAGGCCAGGAGGAGCUAGAGGAGGUACAGGCAGAGAUCAAAAAGAAAGACGAAGAGCUUCAGCGAUCCAAGUUGGCUAAUGGGACUCCAGAUGUGGAGGCUGGAUCAGGGACUGCUGUUCCUCAGGGAAAGUGGCACAGCUUCAUUUCACCCAUUUUCAUCCAAGCCUUCACCCUCACCUUCCUGGCAGAGUGGGGGGACCGCUCACAGCUGACCACUAUAAUUCUUGCUGCCCGGGAGGAUCCGUUUGGAGUUGCAGUGGGUGGUACACUUGGACACUGUUUGUGUACAGGCCUGGCUGUCAUAGGAGGGAGAAUGAUUGCCCAGAAAAUAUCCGUCAGAACAGUAACAAUCAUUGGAGGGAUCGUUUUUCUGGCGUUUGCCUUCUCUGCCUUGUUCAUCAAGCCAGAACCUGGAUUUUAAUAGGACUUUCAGGAUUUCUCUGUACAUACAUGUAAAAUUCGGUUAGGUUACUUGAGAGAGACUGUAGUUUUGACUCUGUGUGUGUUUCUCAACAGGAAAUGUGACAUGUUAAACAGAGAGCUAAAGUCCCGCCCUCAUGUCCCAACUGGUCUGUGGGUUUUCUGUUGGAAGUUGAACAUUAUGUUAUUAGCAUUAAACAACAUUUCCCCAAGAAACUUAACCUGGAAUGCGCAUCCGAUCCUCAUGAGAGGUGUGUCUGUUGAGUGCUGAAAACUUUCCAUGAAGUAAAACCCUCAAGGAGAAGAAAACACUGAGUGACAGAGGCUAACUGGGAGAGAGGGCAGGGCUGUAGCUCUCUGUAAGAACUGUAAUCUUAUCACAAAGAGUGUAAGAAAAACAGAAGACUGGAUUGUUGCUGAUUGCUGCCUUCCAUCCCAUCUCUAAAAGGUUCUGUGGCUCAGAAAUAGAGGCUGACCUGCAGUACUUCUCCCACUUAACCGUUUCAGUUAGACACUGCGUCCAUUUCAAAAUCUUUGCCAUUCUUGUUUUUAAAUGUUGGUUAAUUUUUGUCUUCUUUAAAUGAGCCCAGGUGCAUACAGGUAACUGUUGACAGAAAAGAAACCGUAUACCAAGCUGCCAGUCUCCUCUUACAGGAAUUGGCUGGUGCUGCUUGGUUGUUUAUUCCACAGUGACACAUGUCAAAUUAAAGUCACAUAAUAAAGCGGGCCUCCUUUACGAGAUUUUAUUAAGAUUUGAAUUUCUACUGUGAGAGGGGAAAGUGUGAAAACGGACCCAACAGCAUGUAAUUAAGAAAAUGAUUUGAGUUGAGAUUUUAUUUGAGGCAGAGACGUGAUUUAAAUUUUUCCCUUAAUGGUUAAUGCUUUGUUCACAUAGGAGCAGUCUUUUAGAGUGACAGAGACUGAACCACUUGAAUACCUCUGCUUCUAGGUGUUGCCAUAUUGUUAAAAUAUCUGUGUAGGUACGGUACCCAGAGAGCUACAUCACAGCUGUAAAAUGGUUUAUCUGCACCUCCCCAAAACGCUAGUUCCCCUGUUGGAGAGAUUUAUCGAGGUACUUCAUAUUUCUUGCUUCCAGUUUCAGGUACCAGUGGUGAACGAAACAUGAAUCGGGUCAGUAAUCACCUCCGUAGAUUCUCCCACACAGGUUAACUCCUCCUUAGUGAAUAAAGCCAUUUCCAGCAUGAAGCUCGCUGCUUCCAGUGUCGCUGCUUUGAAUCACAAAUACAGUCACUACAUCGGGUACAGAAUAGACGAGUUGCCUCCAUGGAAUGUAUCCUACACAAAACCUGCAGUGCACACUCCUUAUGCCCUAAGCAGCUGUGUUGUAGCUACAGUGACACCUGAACUCUGCAAUGUAAUUCAAGCCUACAUUUCUCUUUUUAUUUAAAACAGUAUCUAUUUAUUUAGUUUCAUUGUCUUUCCUUUUUAAGCACAUAUACUGUGGAAACAAAAAAAGGGGUGGGGCACAUCACUGUAAACAAGGAAUCAAAUUAUUUUUUUAAGUGAACAGGCUAAAGCUGCAUUGUCAAUAUUUGACAGACUGUGCCCAGCUGUGAAGUACUUGAUACAGGUUGGUUGAAAUGCCUAUAAAUCUAAAAUGCUCAAUAAAAAUGUUUCAUGUGUUGUCUGAUUUCUGAAACAAUCAUUUGUACUGUAUUGAGCUGAGUGGCCAUGAUGGGCACCAUCUUGUAAAGAAAAUAAAUGAAGGCACCAACAGAA